AUGGGUAUGUGUAAGACCUCACUAGCCCUUGUUUGCCUCCUAGGCUUGGUAAUGUUUCAUUCCUCUCAAGCCCAAAACUCACCCGAAGACUAUCUCAAUGCCCACAAUGCAGCUCGUUCACAGGUGGGUGUUGGUCCUCUGACAUGGGACAACAACGUAGCCUCCUAUGCAGAAAACUAUGCAAAUCAAAGGAUCAAUGACUGCAACCUCAUCCACUCGCAAGGCCAAUACGGCGAAAACCUGGCCACCGGAACUGGCACCUUAUCAGGAACCGAUGCCGUGAACCUGUGGGUCAGUGAGAGUGUUAAUUAUGACUACAAUUCCAAUUCUUGUACUGGUGAGCAGUGCGGGCACUACACUCAGGUGGUUUGGCGUGACUCGACUCGUCUCGGUUGUGCUAGGGUUCAAUGCAACAAUGGCGGGUGGUUUGUGACUUGCAACUACGAUCCACCAGGCAAUGUCAUCGGGCAGCGUCCUUACUAG